GGAACAGACGAACCGGCUAAAUUUAAAAUGAUAGAUCCAACCAUCCAUAGGUGCCAUUCGCUACGUUUCUCGGACUUUUAUUUUUAACUGACCAGCGAAAAAAAAAAAAGAAGUCAAGUAUGAAAAAAAAAAAUCGAAAAAAAAGGUCAACCCACUAAAAAUUGUGGGUAGUUUGCGGAGAAUGCGUCUUAGGAGUCAUGGGUCCAACAAUACCAUUUAAUUAAUAAAACCUGACAAGUUUCUCAGUUUAAUUCUUUUUCUCAUACAUUCUUGGAAAAAUUGUUCUCAGGUUCAAGCAGAUUUUCAAUUCAUCAGCACAUAGUACCUUGAAUAGUGCAUUCUUUCAGGUUUUACGGAGAUUGUAAUUGAUUGGAAAAUUAGUAAAAAAAAAUAAAAAUAACAAGGAGCGCCCCUUAUCGAAUUAAUCGAAUAGAGAAAAUAACAGGACUUGCUUUUAAUUAAAAGAACAAAAACCACAUACACUCAUACACACACAAGUUGAACAGUAGACAUGCCUCGUGAUAUUCAAAACCAUCUUCUUUUUGAAGUGGCCACCGAGGUUGCCCACAAAGUGGGUGGGAUUUAUUCUGUGCUUAAAUCUAAGGCGCCAAUUACGGUUGCGGAGUACAAGGAGCGGUAUACCCUUAUUGGGCCGCUCAACUACCAAUCUGCCCAAAUGGAGGUGGAAGAGCUCCCAGUGAAGGAUCCAUUGGUUCAAAAGACUCUUGCCUCGAUGAGUGACCGUGGGAUUCGUUGGUUGUAUGGACGUUGGCUUAUUGAAGGAGCACCCAGAGUGCUUCUUUUUGACAUCAAUUCUGCCGCUUAUAAUUUAAAUGAAUGGAAAUCUGAUUUAUGGAGCACUGCUGGAAUCCCAACCCCAGAUCAUGAUCAAGAAACUAACGAUGCCAUCUUGUUGGGAUACUUGGUUGCAUGGUUUUUAGGGGAAUUGGUCUAUCAUGACCGUGAAAGAGCCGUCAUUUGCCAUUGUCAUGAAUGGUUAGCAGGAAUUGCGCUCCCACUUUGUAGAAAGAGAAGAAUUGAUGUUACCACAAUUUUCACCACCCAUGCCACCCUUUUGGGUAGAUAUUUAUGUGCUGGAUCAACUGAUUUCUAUAACAAUUUAGCCAAUUUUGAUGUGGAUGCAGAAGCGGGGAAAAGAGGUAUUUAUCAUCGUUAUUGUAUUGAAAGACUGGCUACCCAUAGUGCAGAUGUUUUCACUACUGUUUCCCAUAUCACUGCAUAUGAAGCGGAACAUUUACUUAAACGUAAACCAGAUGGUGUAUUACCAAAUGGUUUGAAUGUAGUGAAAUUUCAAGCAGUUCAUGAAUUUCAAAAUUUACAUGCAAUUAAAAAGGCUAAAAUCAAUGAAUUUAUCAAAGGACAUUUCUAUGGGAAUUAUGAUUUCGAUUUGGAUAAUACUUUAUAUUUUUUCAUUGCUGGACGUUAUGAAUUUAGAAAUAAAGGGUGUGAUUUUUUCAUUGAGGCCUUAGCUAGAUUGAAUCAUAAAUUGAAGGCUAUAGGUUCUAAAAUGACUGUGGUUGCAUUUAUUAUCAUGCCUGGUAAAACUCAUUCAUAUACUGUGGAAACUUUGAAAGGUCAAGCAGUUAUCAAACAAUUGGAAAAUACCAUUCAAGAAGUUCAACAAAAAGUUGGUGAAAGAUUAUUUGAACAUUGUGCAAGAUAUACUAAUACUCAUCAAGGAAUUGCAUCUACAAAUGGUCAUGAAGUUCCACUGAUUGAUGAAUUAAUUAAAUCUGCUGAUAGAGUUUUAUUGAAGAGAAGAAUCUUUGCCUUGAAGAGAGAUGGUUUACCACCAAUUGUUACUCAUAACAUGGAAGAUGAUUCAACUGAUCCAAUUUUAAAUCAAAUUAGAAGAGUUGAACUUUUCAAUAAACCAGAAGAUAGAGUGAAAAUCAUUUUCCAUCCUGAAUUUUUGAAUGCUAAUAACCCAAUUUUAUCUUUAGAUUAUGAUGAAUUUGUUAGAGGUUGUCAUUUGGGAGUUUUCCCCUCAUAUUACGAACCUUGGGGUUAUACUCCCGCAGAAUGUACAGUUAUGGGAGUUCCUUCAAUUACCACCAAUUUGUCAGGAUUUGGAUGUUAUAUGGAAGAUCUUAUUGAAAAUACCAAUGAUUAUGGUAUUUAUAUUGUUGAUAGAAGAAUGAAAUCAGUUGAUGAAUCAAUUGAUCAAUUAACUAAUUAUAUGUUUGAUUUCACUGAAAAGACAAGAAGACAAAGAAUUAACCAAAGAAAUAGAACUGAAAGAUUAUCUGAUUUGUUAGAUUGGAAGAGAAUGGGAUUGGAAUAUAUUAAGGCUAGACAAUUAUCUUUAAAGAGAGCAUAUCCUGAAAAGUUUAAGAAUGGUAAUAAUCCAUUCAGCAAUACUUCAAACUUGAAGUUAACUCGUCCAUUGUCUGUCCCAGGAUCUCCACGUGGUAAGGUUGGCUUAAUGACUCCGGGAGAUUUGGGUUCAUUACAAGAGGCUCAGCAAUCUUUGAAUACUGAAGAUUAUAUUGGUUUCAAACUUGGAGGUGAAGGUGAUGAUGAUGAAGAUGGAGAUGACGACCACUAUCCAUUAACUUUGAGAGGCAACUCUGCUCCUCCUCAAGAUGAAGAAUAAAGAAGAGGGGAAACAAUGAUAUUGAGAUCAUUCAUAUAAAGUGAGUUAAGGAAAGAAUUAUGUUACAUUCAUUUAGAGAAUCUAAUUCUAUAUUAUGUUUAAUUAGACAACCCUCAUCAUAAAUCAUAUUUAUCAUUCUUUCUUUUUUCUUUCAAUUCCAU